ACCUCUCUGCACACUAGCAGAGCACAUUUGAUAGUCCGAGGCGAGGAAGCGGCUCAGUUUUCUCCAUCAACUCCUGCUGUAGUGAUGGUGUGCAGUGAGGCAGGAGCACACCGACCAACCCGCAGCGUGAGCAUGAAAAGAUGCCGGGCAUCGGAGUCCUUCUCUAUGUUGGCUUGGUGGCUGUACUGCCAGCUCUUUGCCAUCCUCACACCCCCUGCACACUGACUCAAAGGACGGCUAUAUGUAAUAGCCUCCGACUCUCUUCUGUUCCCGGCGACUUGCCACAGCAAAUAGAAGAGCUUUUUUUAAAUGAGAACAUUAUUAUUAAAUUACAAAAUGGAUGCUUCUCAAGGUAUCCUUUCCUUCGCACACUGAGCUGUGCAAACUGCCUUUUAAAUGCAUCAGAUGACCAAGUGUUCUCCAGUUCACCUCUGAUAGAGAGCCUCGGUUUUGCCAGCAAUGAACUUCACAAGGAGCACAAGCAGUUUGCCCAGUCUCUUGGUUCUUUGUCCAGGCUUCGGAUUCUGGAUAUUUCCGGCAAUGGGCUAACAGAGGACAUGGUUUCUGAGCUCUUAGAGAACCUCACAUCUCUCGAGUUCCUGGACUUGUCCAGGAAUGUUCUACUGAGAUUGGACGAGUACGCAUUUAGAAACCUUCAUCAGCUCAAAGAACUGAAUCUAGAAAGGAAUGUUUUGUUUGAGAUUGAUGGCGCGUUUGAUCACUUAAAAAAGCUCAGACGGAUUAACUUGGCGUUCAAUUCCCUGCCAUGCCUCAUGAAAUUCGAGAUGACCCAGUUGAUAGUACUAAAUGCCAGUCACAACCUCAUUGAAUGGUUCAUAACUAAUCAGGACCUCACAGAAACCUUUGAGCUGGAGACGCUGGACUUAUCUGAUAACCGGCUUCUGUAUUUUCCAUUCCUUCCAACCUACAAUCGCAUUAAAACACUGUUAUUAGCCAAUAACCAUAUUGGCUUUUACAGCCAUCUCUCACAGAUCACCUCUUUAAACUGGACCAAUAGUGUUGAGUUCUACAAUUUGGGUGGAAAUGCCAGCAAUAUUACAGCAGAACUUUGGAGCGAUGACUUUCAUGGAGAUAUAUCUUCUGUGGAAUUGCUGGAUCUCAGUGUUAACCAGGUGAGCUACUUCCCUCAGGGGUUUCUUCGGAAAAUGCCUCGUCUCUACUGGCUGAGGAUGAGGAGCAAUUGCUUUGAAUCCCUGAAUCUAACAGGAGAAGAUCUUCCUGUAACUCUGUAUGAGCUGGAUGUGAGCAACAACAGACUUACUGAACUGCAUGCACACUCCAGCUCAGUCAGUGAACUAAAUAACCUUACACAUUUGAACCUGAGCUUAAACAACAUACAGAAGCUUCCCUCUAGAGUGUUCACUACUUUCCCCAGGCUCAGCAUUGUGGACCUCAGUUAUAACACAGUGGGAUUGUGCCAUCCUAAAGAGCUACAUAACUCAAACUCAUCAUCCUGUGCUCUUUGGACAAAUCUUUCCUCAUUGAAACAGCUCCACAUUGCUGGAUGCAACUUAAUCAAUAUCCCGCCAUUAGUGUUCGAUGGCACACCGCUAACAUACCUUGACCUGUCCAACAACCCAGACCUGCACAUUGGACAAGACUGUUUAUCAGGUCUCAGUGGGACUUUGCAGCACCUAGGCCUGAGCAACACAGGUUUGCAGGACUUUAACUUUUCUCCAUUUAAACAAUUACAAUUUUUAAACAUCUCCAAAAACUCAAUAUCAGAGCUUCCUAAAUCUCUAAUGACACUGAACUUGAAGCUCCUGGACUUGAGGAACAACAGGUUGUCUACUAUUAAACCAGAACAUGCUACUGUGCUAGCUAAACAAGUGCAGAUUGUGUAUAUGAAUGGAAAUUAUUUCAACUGCUGCCAGUUAGAUUGGUACAGGACGUUUGAGGAGUCCAAAAUCCUCCAUGUGGCUGAUCUUUUAGAGGUUACAUGUGUAGACCUACACCAGCAGAUACUAAAAGCUGGUCUUUUUGACUCCGUUCUUUGUGGGGGCAAAAGCACAGAUGAAUCUAUUUUCUGGUACAUUUUGCUAUUUUUAUCUAUUGGUGUGUCCCUAGUGGGUGUCUCUGUCAUUUAUUUCCUGACUUUCAGACCCAGACUACUGCCACGGGUAAUUAAAAAGAAAUGUUGGAAGCCCACAACCUAUUGAAAAACAAGCACAACCACAAAAUUGGUCAAAUAUAUCUACAGAUUCUGUAUUAGUGUCACUUUACUCUAAGAACCAAAACAGUCAUCUAUUCUUUUUGUUUUUUGUAAUGAAACAAUUUCAAGUGUCUUGUUUUGGCAAAUAGGAUACAGGUGUAUAUGAUUGCCAGCUUUGGUUAGAGGCUCUGAACAGAGUUUGUUUUUGUGUAGAACUUUGGCACAUUCAAGUCAGAUUUCAUUUCAGUUACAAACCAAACGUAACGAUCACAGACUAUAUGCUGGGAAAUGCUGCAAAUCAUUAAAUGAACGGACUGAUUAUCUGGAACAGAACAACACUGGCACUUCAGAAAUGUUUAAACAGCAGAGUCAUUUAAUUAAUAAUCAGAGAGACAAGCAAAUGUGGGCUUAUUAUUUUCUGGUACUUUAUAACGUGAAUUGAAUUGAAUUAAAUGGGUUUAAUGUCAUUGUUUUAUUUUACUACACUUGCAAAUAGUUUCAGGAAGUGCAUUUUGGCUUUCAGCUCGUCCUGUCAUGUUUUGUUGUUUAGUACUGCUACGGCCAAUAUAUAUAUAUAUAUAUAUAUAUAUAUAU